AACCACUUGGCGCAGCACGCAACGCCGACCUCAGGAGACUGCUCAGCAACGAAAUCACUCUAACCAAGUCCAUACCAGACGAUUCGGAACCCGCCCGACGCGUCGUAUCGGAUCCUUUACCCCAGCGGCCAUCCAUCUACUCUCGGGAGCCGCCAAUCGUUUCGUCAUCAAGCCGCGACUUUGGAACUAAUGUAUCCUCCAUGACCAGACGCGAAUCGGGGUCCCACGAACCCUAUUCUCAGACUCGACCUUUAGCAAGACGUCCUUCACGCGAACCCAGCGCUACUACGAUUCGAAUGGAAGACGACGCAAACAUUCGACCGACGACGAGCAACCCUCGGAAGUUAGCGGCAGACACCAGUCCAAUUCCCAUUGGAACGACUCGCCCGACCACCUUCACCACCUCCGUCCUUAGUCAGAGAUCUCAUAAGACAGUCCAUGGUCAAGUAACUAUACUUCCUUCUCGUUCUUUACUCGUUGAUUUCAGAGAAGGAGAAAGACGGAGAGGCAAGGCUGGCGACGAAGUACUAAUCAUCAGUUCCGAAGGCGCACAGAUAAAAGUCUUCAGCGCGCCUCACUUGAGUACUCCGUGUUGCCUAGCGGAGCCUACUGCUGAAUUCCACAUUGAUCAACUUCCCGACAAAUACUGGAAGCAAUAUAAUGAUGCCGGUCGACUCAUCGAUCGAAUAAAACAGCGAUCACCAAAGCUCGUCGUACAUGAUCCAGACGUGAAGUACACUCUAAUGGCCAACGAACCUAUUGCAGAUGUCGAGCUUCUCUUCUUUUCACCCACUAUUCUCUCGGAUGCAAAAACAGACAAGGGCGAUGUCGCUGACACUGCCCGAAUGCGAAUCCAGUUGUCACGAAAGGCUCGGUCGAUGGAGAUAGCCGUUUGCAAGUCCGAUACACACUCUAAAGAGUGGAAGAAGAAGACAUUUCAGACGACAGGUUUCAACUACUCUAUUCCAGCAUCGGAUCUCCAAGACUUGGACCAAGAUGAGCGAAACGGGCUGGAUCUCCUGGCGAAAUUCCUACAUCUUUGCGAUACUUACGAAAGCCUUGGAAUCUGGUCACUGAACACAGCCCAAAGUUGUCUCAACGCUGUGAAUCCCACUUAUAACGAAAGAAACCACUUGAAGACGACAGGAUCGUUCGCACGACAAGAAACACAUACACGGACUUUUGCCUUUUCCUUGACUACUAACAGGAGUUUUGCUGUACCUCCCCGCCCGCCGAAAUUUCCCCUUACCACCUCUACGUCCGGUCGCAUCCCACAAACGACGAUAAAUAAGGAGAAGGAAAAUCUCGAUCCAUCAACAUAUAGCCUAGUGACGAACUUUGCGAUGGCCGAUGAUACUACUUCAACAGCAAGGCGGCACGGCUUAAGCUGCACUUCUCAAACCUCAGGCUCCGAGGCCCGAUUUAUACCGUCUGUGGGGUGGUGUGUGAGACAGGGUUCUCGCGUAUCUCAAGGUGGCCAUUACAAGAUCAUGUUCAUAGACGGCGCAGCCUUGGAUGUCGACGUUGACGAAGAAUGGGCUGAACUUUGCGAUAAGUCGGGCCAUGUGAUGCGGUAUCAUAUAGCCGACGGCCGCAUUGAGCGCACAAUAGGUGACAGGAUGAAGGUGUUCAAAGAGUUUGUGUCCCUGUUUGAGUCUGACGAAGAUGUCGAAUAAAUGACACCUAUGUACAUUCAUUUCGUUCCUUGAUUUCUAGAGCAGUCAUAUGAGUGUUGAUACAGAAAUCGACGCGAGCCGAGGUCGCCUUUCGGGCUCUUGCGGGUCGUUGUUAGGUUGACUGGGGAUCUACGAGGGACCAGAUUGUAAUUUGAAGGCUGCGUGGCUGUGUUUCCCGCUCUCGAGGUGCCUCGCUAGUACCUUGCAAUCUGUGCGGCUACGGGUGCCGAAUCUCAGGGUUGUGCCAGAAGGGUCUUGUCC